AGUUGUAACAAUGAAAGCAAAACUUUUCUUUUUGACAUUAUCUUUGAUUGUACUACUACAUGGCUUAGUACAGUCCGACAAAAGAAUUUAUGGCGGCUACAGAGUCGACAUAACAGAAGCACCGUAUAUGGUUUCCAUUAUCAUACUUAUCGAAACAUAUAACAAUGGAACAUCUAAAGUACACGAAUGUGGUGGCUCAAUCUUGAAACAAAAUUUAAUUUUAACCGCUGCUCAUUGUAAUGUAGACGAAAGUACCAGAGAACCGUACAGUGCGGAGCGAUUUUACGUUAAUGUGGGAACAAACCGAAAUGACUUGAAAGGAGGUACUGUUCAUAGGGUCAAGACUGUGUUCGUUCAUCCGAAAUUUAGAAACGGCGAUGAAAAUUAUCGCUUCCACGACAUUGGCUUACUUCAGUUAAAGGACGAUAUCACAUUGAACGAUAAGUCUCAACUUGUCAAGCUCGCUCGUCGCGGUGAUAAACCUAAAAUUGGCGCUGACUGCACUAUUACUGGAUAUGGAAAAAAUCCAGAUCACCCAGGCAACAAGUUUUUGUACCAAGUUCAUUUGAAUGUAAUAACCGCGGAACAGUGCGUUGAUGAAUUGGCUAGUGGAACAGUUGAAGAAGUUGAGAAACACAAUAUUUGUGUGAAAGCAGAGGGUAAAAACCAAUGCCGUGGAGAUUCAGGAGGUCCAGUACACGACGUAUCUACAAAUCGUCAAGUUGGAAUCGUUUCCUAUGGUGCCGAAGAUUGUACCAGCGAUUCGCCUAGUGUUGACACGAGAGUGACAGACAAUUUGGAUUACAUAGAGAAAGUCAUAAGACAUACACGCGGCGGUGGGAAUGCAGGAGUCAGUCCCAUGGCACCUGGUACCAAUUUCUUGGCAUGGCCACGUACAUAAUUUUCCGAUUUAUUUAUUUUUUUAAUCUAAAUACUGUGUUUGUAUAGGCUUGUUAUGACCAAGUAAAGAUAUUUUGAGCAAAAGUAAA